AUGGCCGUGAAAACUGCACCGUUUCAAAUCAUGGUAGUCCAGCAGACCGAUCAGAACAGCCGGCCAACUCCGGCAAUCUCGCCCACCAUCAUCGUUGGAAUAGUCAUCGUCGCUGCUUUCGCUGCCAUUGUCAUCGCUGCCAGUAUGUUUCGAUACUGUUGCAAAAACGCAUCCUCUGCAAUCGAAACGGAGAGCGACGCAAGUGGUAGUGACAUUUUCAACCCAUACCGUCCACGUUCCGCAGAGCAGAAUGCACGGAUGAAAGAAGUCAGAUGGAUCAACAACAUGUAUGCUUGGGGAAGAAGCAGACAGGCGAGAAUCGAGAAUGGCGAAAUCAGACCACCGAUCAUGAUUCUGGGGAGGGCUGGACAAUGUGGAAAUUGGGAUGAAUGGAGUGUUGCCGACAAGAGCCCGAACCGGGCCAGCUGGGUCAGGGUGGGCGAUGAACACAGCUGCGGAACUUACCUGUACAAUGUCGGAGAUCCCUACAUUGCAGCUUCACAGCAACGACCCAACAGUCACCUUGCCUCACCGACUUCAGUUCGAAGUCCACUCCAGACCACCAGUACCGGUGAUUACCAUCUGUGCCAUCAAUCUGUCUUGCUCCCUCAACCUAAUCAACCUGAAGGUAUGCAGCGAAGUCCUCUUCGAUACGAAUAUCGGGCAAACGAGGUGGGACUUGCGCCGGGCCCUAACCCGGUCCAAACGUAUGCACGGAAUCACAAAAUUACUCACAGCGACGAUACCGAGGACAUAGUCGAUUCACGCUCACCAACUACCUAUGAUGCAAAUUUGGAACCGAUCCCGUUAGACUAUGGACACGAACAUGGGGAAGAUCUGCAGAAUUCAUUGUUCUCCAGACCCGCCGUCUCCGUGAUGGAUGGGCCAUACCUACAAGCGCGCGCACUGCUACCACACUCGUAUACACCAGAUUCGGCCAGUGUUUACGAGGAGACAGAAUUUCUUUGUGACGAAGACGAUCAAAUCCACAGGGCGCCAAAGCCAAGGUAA